GGGGGCGCGCCCUAGCGAAGCACGAGCUAGUCAGUGUUGAUGUGUCGCAGAUUUUAAAAACUCAGAAAGAAGCACAGUUUUAGCGCUCAGCGUUGGAGAUUGCCUGCAUUUGAGGAUGAAAGAAAAACCCAAAUACCAUAGAACGGGUUCAAAUGGGAAAUUUCGGUUAGUUCAGUCGCUACUGCAAGUUUUUUAAAGGAAUUAUUAUUUCUUAGAAAACGAGAAAAGAACAGUGCAGACACUCGCGUCCUACUGCGUGCUGCCAGCUCAGUGUAUGAGGGAUGGAACUGUCAUCCAUAGGAGAACAAGUGUUUGCAGUUGAAUCAAUAACCAAGAAGAGAGUUAGAAAGGGUAACGUGGAAUACCUACUGAAGUGGCAGGGAUGGUCACCAAAGUACAGUACUUGGGAGCCAGAAGACAACAUUCUAGACCCACGUCUGGUUCUGGCCUAUGAGGAGAAGGAGGAGAAGGACCGGGCUCUAGCGUACCGGAGGAAAGGCCUGAGACCUCGGAGGCUGGUCCUACGGAACAUCUACGCCAUGGAUCUCCGCAGCUCGCACAAGGAGAAACCCCCCCCUCGCCUCCGCCUCUCCCUCACCCGCUCCUCAGUGAGCUCUGACCCGGACCAGGGCGAGAGGGCGGGCAUGCUCCGCCGCCUGGUGAAGCGCAAGACCAGGCAGAGGGCAUCCAAGCUGGUGCCGGACAGAAGCCCGCCCCAACUGCAGACUGCCUUACAGAGCCCCGUGGAACAAGACUGCGGAGGCACAGAAGAGAGGCAGGAAUCAGAAUGCACCACAGAGACACAUGAUGACAGACUGUAUGGGCAGUCAGAGUGCAGUUCUCCUCCUGUUCUGGAGCGGGAGGUUGAGGUGGACGACAUGAUAGGCAGCAUGGAGGAACAGAACCGGGACAUGGAGAUGAUUGACAGAGUGGAGUACUGUGGCUCCCCUAAGGAGUUGUUGCUGGGCGCAGCCUCAGAAAAGAUGACAAGGGAAGUGAUUGUGACUGACAGGUCAGAAGGUGAGGCUUCCGACCUCGGACAGGAAGAAGUUAUUGACCUAUCAGAGAGCUAUAUGUCUGUACUGGAAGGGCCAGAAUACAUUGUUAUGAGCAACGCUUCAGACAGCGUUGUGGAGGUGGGGGUCGAUAUUUCAGAGGAGAAAGUAUCAGACACCAACUCAGAAGUAGAGUUAGGGAGCGAGGAGAGAAAACAGGGUAACACUCCAGUAGAGGAGGUGGGAGCAGGGGGAGAAGAGGGAGAAGAGGGAGAAGGGGCCUGUGGUACAGUGGCCGAGGGUCCAAACACCUGCCCCGAGGUGGUGGAGGAUCUCACAAAACAGGUAGACCAGUUGGAGAAGACAGAAAUCCUGGACAGUAGUGCCUCAGCCUCAGGGCAACCUGGUAAAGUGUUUGUGACCAAUGUGACUAUCAACUCUCUGACUGUGACCUUCAAAGAGGCCCUGACAGCAGAAGGGUUCUUCAAAAGCUGUGGGAUGGAGGUUUGAGAAAAUUAGGGAAGAGAAAGAAAGGAGGGGGGUGGUGGAAUGGUUAUAGCUGAAAUGUAACUAAUGUUGAAUUUACCGUUCAUGAAUUGCCAUGUAUAUAUAAUCAUGUAGUAUAUAAGCGUAAUGUAAUUUAAAAAAAGUUGUUUACAAAGCUUAGAUAUGAAAUGCAUACUACUUCCUAUAUGUUGAAUGAAGAAUAUUUCCCUUUGGAAAAAAUGGGUGGUAAAUUUGACUUGUGGUUAGGUUUUUGGGAGAGUAGGUUCAAGUAUUAGAAAGACUGGAUUAGGGAAAGUACAGCAACUGACUCCAGAAUGUCAUCCAUUACUACUUCCAAAUGAUUACUUCUACUUCCCUAGUCUGUUGUAUUGUUCAGGAUAUAGCUAACCUGCUCAUUUCAAAUUUGUUUGGGGGCUUGUUUCAGUUGCUCCCUUUUUUAACAAAAAGCUUUUCUAAAGUCCUGAUUUUUCAUCUAUUCUUAGUCAUUUGUGCACCCCGUCAGUGACAAACUAGCCUGUUAUAUCUUUGAAAGUUUAUUUUCAUUACGAAGGAAUAAAAGGUGGUCAAUGUUACCUGAAGGCACGGAAGCAGAUGAGCAUUUCAAGGAAAUAUGAUGCGCUAUAUACAAUGGUGUUGUGUUGCUGUUCUGUCUUUUAUUAAGUAUAAAAUGAUACCUGGUUCUAUUUUUGUAUUACCAAUUGAUAGUUCAUUCUUCUCAUGAAGCCUUUGUGCAUUAAAGGAGAUCAGUUGACUCUACUAUGCUACACCGUAGGAACCGUGAAAACUAGGAUAGAUGAACUUAAGUCGUAGGUCUUUAUCGCAUGUCACAUGUACUGUAUAUGCUAACUUAAAUGACGUCACGUUUCAGAAUGAGUCUUGUCAUGACCUGUCAAACUUUUCUCUAUAACAAAAACCUUCCUUUUUUGACUGUAUUUCCAAUAAAGACACACUUCAACGUUCUUGUUGCCAAGACACACUUAAACAAUAAAAAAAAUAAAAAUAAAAAAUCACCUGUGCAAAUGGAUUAUAUUAUGUAAUAUACCACCAUCGUGCUACCCAAUAUGACCACUAGGGGUCAUGUUUCACUUAGGGAUGGGAAUGCCAUGUACCCCUGCAGAGUACUGCUCUGCUUAGCCCUUUGUCCUAACAAUAAGACUUGGCAUGUGUAUGUGAAGAGAAUUUUCCAAACACUGCAUUACAAAGCAACCGCUCAGUUGUUCCAAAGACAGGCACAACUGAGUCAUUGUAAGAUAAACACCCACUCAGCGUACAUCAUAUUAUUUGUCAUUUUCAUUUUAUUAUAAAAAACAGUAUUCGAGUCCACAGUUUGUGUAUUCUUUGUACAGUAAAAAAUAUUAAAUUAAACUCCCAAAGUUCUGAGCAGAAAGAUAAAUUGAGAAGGUGGGGUUGUCUGGGGAGGAGAACAGAGUGACAGCGAUUCACCCACGGGUUGGGGGCUGGAGGAGAGCGACGGGGGUUGCAGCGGGACCAGUGCAUUCGGAGCUCUUAAGCUGGGGUGAGACAAGGGUGGGUUCAAGUCCAGAGAGAGGAGCAGCAUGGAGGGGGUGAGACAAGGGGUGGGGAUGUCUCCAGUCCCUCCCCCACCUCAGGUCUGUGCAGUACAGUCAUUUAGGAUCCAUUCCCAGAGCAGAAACAUCCUACUACAACACUGGUGGACUCUCCUCCAAGCCCACCCCGUGUUCUCUUCUCAUUACAGGCACACAGGUAUGCACCUCCCACCUCCAGUACUCAACAAGUGUCUUUAAAGGAAGGAGUGCACACAUUCAAGAGGGGGCUUGUUUGUAAGAAAUGUCCCUUCCAAUAAAAAUGUCCAAUGAUGGGGCAUUUCCAUGGUAGCAGGCCUGUGUCCAUUGGCCCCACUCCCUGACGCCUACAGCAA